AUGCCCAAGCUUCGCUUUGGCUCUCUCGACGUGCGUGCGACCGUUGCAACCCUCCAGCAAUCUAUCGUUGGGCUCCGCCUUCAGAACGUUUACGAUGUCAACUCUAGGACAUACCUCUUCAAGUUCUCGAAGCCUGACAGGAAGGAGAUGGUUCUUAUCGAGUCCGGUAUCCGCAUGCAUACAACACUUUACAUUCGUGAUAAAUCCAUUACUCCCUCUGGAUUCUGCAUCAAGAUUCGCAAGCACUUGAGGACAAGGCGACUGACGGGCGUCAAGCAGUUGGGAUCAGACCGCAUUGUUGACUUUGAGUUUGGCGCAGACGACUUGAACAACACAUACCACAUUAUCGCCGAAUUUUAUGCUGCGGGAAACUUGAUUUUGACGGAUGGCCACUAUAAGAUUUUGUCGAUUCUGCGUGUGGUUCAGCCCAACGAGAAGGUCAGGAUGGCGGUCGGAGAGACCUAUGAUGUCGGCGCAUUGACUCGCAGCUUUGAACCCAUUCAGAAGGAGCAUCUGGUCCAAGUGUUGCGGGAGGCAGGACCCAAGGAUAUUUUGAAGAAGAUUCUCAACACAAAGCUCUUUUACGGCCCUGCGCUCACGGAACAUGCGAUCGUCAAGGCCGAUCUGGUGCCAAACAUGGUGGUAUCAUCAGGAUUCGACACCUCAGAUGGAUCACCGCAUCUGGAUGCUCUGUUCAAAUCACUUCAGGAAGCUGAUAACAUCAUUGAAAAUGGAGGUGCUGUCGACAAGAAAGGAUACAUCAUCUUGCUCAACCAUAAGAAGAAGAAUCCAGACGAUCCAGACGAGAAGGAACUUGUCACAUAUGACGAAUUCCACCCAUACCUCUUUGCUCAGCACGAAUCGCUGACGUUCAAGGAGUACGAGUCAUUUGAUGCUGCUGUCGAUGAGUUUUUCUCAGCAGUUGAGAGCCAACGUUUGGAGGUCAAGAAGCGUGCCCAGGAGGACCAUGCACAAAAGAAGCUGGACAGUGUCAGAAUGGAGCAUCUCAGUCGAGUGCGAGGACUGGAGGAAGCCCAACAGAUGAACGUCAUGCGGGCAGAGUUGAUUGAGGCCAAUCUGGAGAUGUGCGACCAGGCCAUUAUGAUUAUCCGCAAUGCGGUCGCGACUGGCAUGGACUGGAAGGAUCUUGCCGAUCUGGUCGAGGAGGAGAAGAAGCACGGAAACCCCAUUGCCCUAAUGAUCGAUACCCUCAAGCUGGAGUCAAACCAUGUCUGCGUCAUCCUCAGCGAUCCAUACGAGGAAGAGGAAGAAGAGGAUGAGGAGCAGGAGGACGACGACCAGGACGAUCAGGAAGCCGAGGACCGCCAUCAGCCGAAGGCCAAGGCGACAGUACUAAUUGAUUUGGACAUCUAUUUGACGGCGUUUGCGAACGCUCGCAAGUACUACGACGUCAAGAAGCAGUCGGCCAUCAAGCAGGAAAAGACGCUGGCCCAUGCAUCCAAGGCGUUUAAGAGUGCGGAGAAGAAAAUUCGACAGCAGUUGCAGGAGGUCAAGAUUACGACUUCGAUCCAGCGUGCCCGCAAGCCCUACUGGUUCGAGAAGUUCAUGUGGUUCAUCACCUCGGAGAACUACCUGGUCAUUGCAGGACGCGAUGCACAGCAGAACGAGAUGAUUGUCAAGAGAUACAUGAAGAAGGACGACAUAUAUGUCCAUGCAGAUAUCCACGGUGCGGCGACUGUCUUGAUCAAGAAUCCAUCUGACAAGGAGCCUGUCCCUCCCAGCUCGAUUUACCAGGCUGGUAUCAUGUCUGUCUGUCAGAGCAAGGCCUGGGAUUCCAAGAUUGUAACGUCCGCCUACUGGGUGCGAGCAGAUCAAGUCAGCAAGUCGGCCCCUACCGGAGAGUACCUGACUACCGGCAGUUUCAUGAUCCGCGGCAAGAAGAACUUUUUGCCACCUGUGCAGUUGGUCUACGGAUUCGGACUAUUGUUCAAGCUGGAUGAAUCGUCGAUUGGCAACCACUUGCAUGAGAGACGUGCUCCCAGGAUCGAGGAUGGCGAGGGUGAGGAAAUUACCGAUGCUGUCUCGGAGAAGAACAAUGCCGAUGCUGUGGAGUCAGCCGAUCAGCAACAGGAGGAUGCCAAGGAGGAUCAAAACGAGGCCGAUGAGGUUCUGGGAGGUUCGGAUGGCUCUGACGAAGAGGACAAUGAGGAGGAAACGCAGGGUGCCACAGGCGACAAAUCCGCCGAGGAGACCGAGGAGAGUGCAGUUCAGGAGAAAUCGGACGCUCAGGGCGACAAGUCAGGUUCGGAUAGUGAGGAUGAAUCCGAGGCUGCUGAGUCGUCUGAUGAAGAGUUCCCCGAUACUCAGAUUCAGUUUGCAGCUAAGACGAACAAGGAACAACCCAAGCAGCCUGCCCAGAGAGCUGUUCCUGCAGCCGACAAGUAUGCACUUCAGGACUACGGCGACGACAGCAACGACGAGGGCGAUAAGGGCGACGAUACAUCUUCGCUUGCAUCCUCUGACCGGGUUCCUCAAAAGUCGGCCUACAUCACUGCGAAGAUGCGCCGUGACAUGAAGAAGGGCAAACUUCCAGGACAAGGUGGUCAGGAUGAAAACCGCGACACCAACUCACCGCCUCCUACCCGCCCUGCUCCUGCCAAGAAGCCUCAGCAAGACCACCAGAAGAAGGGCACUGCGACCCCUGCGGCUCCUGCUGCUCCUGCGGCGUCGGCUCGUGGCAAGAAGGGCAAGGCCAAAAAGAUCAAGGAGAAGUAUGCUGAUCAGGAUGAAGAAGAACGCCAGCUUCGUCUUGAACUCCUUGCCCCUGACAAGGGACCUCAGUUGAAGGGCAAGCGUGCAAAGAAGGAAGCGGAGAAGAAGGCGGAGAAGGCGGCGCUUGUAGAGAAGAGACGUUUGCAGCAAGAAGAGUUUGAAAAGUCUCGACCUGCCAAGGGUGGUAACAAGGGUGGCAACAAGAGCGGCAGGAAGCCCGAAGGAGACUUUAAGGGACGGGAUGCUGCUGCUACUGCUGUGACCGAUGCUGUGGAGGAUCCCGAGGCUAUUGCUCCUCCUAUGGACGCGAAUGCGAACGAGGAUGAGGUGGAGGAAGUCCGCCGCCUGCUGCAGGAGGAGAACAUCAAGAUGUUGGAGCCCGAGGAGUCUGAGAACCUGACGGUCUUAGAUGGCUUGACUGGAAAGCCAUUGCCGACAGAUAUUUUGCAGUUUGCUAUCCCUGUCUGCGCACCCUAUGGAGCGCUGCAGAAGUUCAAGUACAAGGUCAAGUUGAUUCCUGGAACGAUGAAGAAGGGCAAGGCUGUCAAGACGGCGAUCAACCACUUUUUGGUCAACAUCAAUGGCAACAACUCUUCGUCGUCUUCUUCGUCUGAGCGCGCUGCUGUCGAGGGUGGAUUGAGCGGAGCUGAGCUCCGUGAGGCUGAGGCGGCGUUGGAGGCGCGUGAGAAGGAGUUGAUCAAGAUGGUCAAGGACGAGGAGUCCAUUAAUGCGAUGAUUGGAAAGAGCAAGGUGUCUGCACCUGGUGUGGAGGCGUCCAAGAAGAAGAGCGGAGGUGGUGGUGGAAAGGGACGCAAGUAG